CCGUAGAUGAAUCCGGAAGUGAGAUGCUCCGCGUACUAACAAUGGUGUCCUUCUCUGUUUAGAGCUCAAAAAAACAUACAUAAAAUGAGCAAAAGUCAUUUUAUGUCAGGCAAAAGGCAACGCGAUAAGAUGACAUAUCCUGAAUGUGAGUUUCUGGUCACCGCUAAUAAUUAAUAAAGUGCCUCUGAAGGCGAACAGUAUGGACCCUAGCAAAACUGGAGCAGGCUCCUACACGGACAAUCUCAUCGGUACUUUACUGGCGAUCUUCGGGAAUGUACUUGUCAGCAUCGCCUUGAGCAUUCAGAAAUACAGCCAUGUGACAUUAGCAGGAACGAAGGACAAGCGUAGCUUCUACCGCACUAAAACCUGGUGGGCUGGGUUCAUAUUCACCUGUUUAGGGGAGGCAGCCAACUUCACCUCUUACGCUUUCGCCCCUCUUGCUCUUGUGGCGCCUCUCAAUGCAGUGGCUGUCCUGACAAGUUCAAUUUUGGGCUUUCUCUUUCUACGCGACAAGUGUAAACCCAAGGACUUUGCAAAGCACUAUGUGCUGAGCUUCCUGGGCUACAUCCUAACUGUAGGAGGCACGUACCUCUUUGUUACAUUUGGUCCGAACUCUCAUGAAAAACUCAAAGCCGAGAACAUUGUGAAGCACCUUGUUGGAUGGCCUGUCCUCCUGUACCUGCUCCUGGAAGUUAUCACGUUCUGCCUGCUUUUAUACUUCUACAAACAGCGCAGCGCUAACUACGUCGUUAUUAUUCUGCUGCUGGUCGCGCUGCUGGGCUCCGUCACAGUCAUUACGGUGAAGGCUGUGUCGGGCAUGUUGGUUCUCACCGUCGAGGGCACCAUGCAGCUUGACUACCCCAUCUUCACCGUCAUGUUUGUGUGCAUGGUGGCGUCGGCGAUCUUCCAGGCCAGAUUUCUCUCGCAAGCUGUUAGGCUGCAUGACUCCUCUCUGAUCGCCAGUGUCAACUACGUCCUCUCCACCUGCUUUGCCGUGGUUGCCGGAGCUGUGUUUUACCUAGAGUUUAACAAUGAAGACGUCCUUCACAUCUGCAUGUUUGUGUUGGGAGUGGUAUUCUGUUUCCUUGGGGUCUUUUUCAUCACCAAAACCAGGAAAAGGACACAAGCCUUUGAGCCAUAUGUCACUAUGGAUAUGGCUAACGGUGUCCCAACGAUUCACGACAAAGGCUUGGUGGUUCAGCCAGACUUCAACGGUUCCUUCUCCUACGGAGCUCUUGUCAACAACGACGGGGUGACUCCCGCCACUGUACCAGUCCCCCUAGAACAACCACCAGUCAUUUCCAAAUCCCCUGAAUCGUCUCGCGGCCAGCUUGACCUAAAGAAGGACUAAAAUGGAGUACCGCUCCCCCUUUGUUCCGUUCAGCUAGAAACAGCAUUCAGAGGAUCUCGAUCCAAGUUAGGUGUAUUCUUUUUCUUUUUCUAUCAUGAUCACCGAUCGACCUCCUGAUCAGUGUCCACUGGGUGUUUUAGAUGUUCUCUUAUUGCCUUACACUCCUCCUGCACAUGCUCUUCUUUUUGAAGCCUCUAAACCAAAACCUUGAAAAGCCUUCCUUUUGUGUGAAGAUGUCAGCUGUGUGCAUUCCAGAAGAAACAUGGAGCCAUGAACUGUUGUAGCGGGUUCACAGAUGUGGCCUCAGAUAAUAUGACAGCAGAGACAUUUGCUGCACCUUGAACCUUCCUGCCUUUUACUGUGUGUCCUCAACUAGUUAAUGAGUUUUGUUCCCAUUUAGUCAUUUAUGGGAAUAUAUAAAGAGAUCUGUUCUUCCACUGAGGCUUUUUUUUACUGAAGCUACUCCUCAUGCCAGGGCUGUUAUCAACCCAUGUUGUAAUGUAUGUAUUUCAGAAGAAGACAUGCCAAUGAAGAUUUUCACUUUAAAUAUCUGCCUCUAACUCAGUAUUUACGCACUGCCUCUGAUUUUUUGGACUUCAUUGAAUUAUUGCUUUUCCCUAUGUGACCAAGCACUGGGUGCAAUUGUUAUUAAUUUAUUGUAUUUAUUAACAUUGUCUUGUAAUCUCUCUUUCUGUGCCUUGAGAGGUGAUUUUACACUGGAUAGACUGGUGGAAUGUGGUACGUAAUACAAGUAGGUGUGUGAUAAAUUACCAUGACGGGAGGUUUAGUGAAAGGUAACCCGUCAGUGCCUCUUUGAAAGCAUCAACCACCAGAAAAGCAACAAUGCUUUGGUCGACUCUAAAUGAAGCGGAGAUAACGGGAAUUGGUAAAUUUUCCAUCACGGUUUUGGCUUCAAUUUAGCUCGUACAUUUACCCUUGGGAGUUUCUGAUGACAAACAUAUCUAAAAUAAACAUGUGUAGUUAAAUAUGCACCAUUACCAAUGUUUCUUUCUUUUAGGAUUUAUUUUAAAUGUAACCACGUCCGUUUUUUUUAAGCUAAAGGUUAUGCUGCAAAAUGAAUUGCUGCAUAAAUGGUACUUUUAGACACGUCUUCCCACUGUUCUAUGAGGAUUAGAUGCUGUAGCCCAAUGUUAAGUUCAAUGGAAUGAAUGGAACCAGGAUUGCUUUUUAAUAACGGUACAAUGAAGCUGUAAGACUUUUUUCCAUUGUGAAUUACUGUAUGUGUAAUGUUGUGUCAUAAAUUGGUUGUAAUGCA